GACUGUGUGAUUGUAUGUCUGGAGGCCGGGGGUGGCAGUGCUCAGGCGGAACCUUUCUCUCCUGCUCUGGUUUCCCAUGCUGGGGACGGGUUUGCUGGGCGGACUCUCUUGGCUGAGUGUCUGGGAGAGGGUUUCCGUUUCUAUUCUCGGUAGUGGAGAGUCGCUCGGUUUACAGCCACCGGCCACCGAGGAGAUCCGGCCGCCUUACCCCGAUCCGGCCGCGGCCCCGCCGGCCAUGGCUGCUGAGGACGAGGUGUCGGAGUUCCUGGGUCAGAGCCCGGACACGGCCAGCUGGGUGGAGAGCCUCCGCGGGGAGUGCGAGUCGGACAAGCUGUGGGGCUACCGGAGAGAGUUCAUCCUCCGCAACCUGAGCGACUACUGCGGGGACCGGCUGCCCCCCCUGGAGAACAACAACCAGGACCUGGACCGCCUGCUCUCAUACUCCAUGGUCUGGGUCAACCACGUGUUCACCGGCUGCCGUUAUCCUUCUCCAGUUAUGGAAAAAGCCCUUAAUAUGGCAGACAAUAUUAAGGUGAAUGAUGCGCCAGUCCAUACAAUUCGAGAUGAUCUGGUUUCCAAGGUGAAGAAAAGAGGGAUUGCAAGUAGCAAUGAAGGGGUAGAGGAGCCGUGCAAGAAGCUAAAACCCACUGAAGAUGUUGACUUAUCAGAACCUGAUAUCUCAAACAAUGAAACUGCACAUGGUGAGGCACAACAUGCGGUGCAGUUAUCAUCAGAAAGAGGCUCUGGUGCCCUGAGCCCAUCUACUAGUGGUGGUCAAAGGACAGGUAUAAACCCAAGUUAUUCUGAAACAUCGAGUCAUCCUCCACCUGUGUCUGCUCCCAAUGCUAAGCCUGCUUAUGGUGCGAGCAUUCCAGCUGCAGCCAGAUAUGAGCCUGAAGCUCUUCAGGAGAAAAAUAAUACUGCUGAAUGUCAACAGCAAGCAGCAGCAGUAGCAAAGGGGGCAUCUCAGUCUAGUGCAAACACAGCAAAGCCACCGCGCAAACUUACUGUGGAAGACACCAAGGAAAGACAGGCAUUUUUCAACAGACUUUACAAGACCGUUGCCUGGAAACUUGUGUCCGCCGGAGGUUUUAGCCCAACGUUAAACCAUUCAGAACUUCUGAUUAACUGCAUUGAAUCUUUAAAGUCGUCAUUGGAUAUUGCUUUUGUUCCACUGAAAGAAUUAGCAGACUUACCCCAAAAUAAAACCUCUCAGGAAAAUAUAGUCUGUGAGUUACGAUGCCAGGCUGUUUAUUUAGGAAUGGGCUGUGGAAAAACUAAAGAGAAUGCAAAGGCAGUAGCCUCGCGGGAGGCCAUAAAACUGUUCCUCAAAAAGAAAGUAGUGGUUAGGAUAUGCAAAAGGAAAUACAGUGGACGUGAUGUAGAAGAUUUAGUACUACUGGAUGAGGAAUCACGUCCAAUAAAUUUGCCACCAGCAUUGAAAAAUCCACAGGAUCUUCUAUAGCAUAAAUAUGGAGGACUAAACAAAAAGAAUAGUUUCUAUAUUAACACAUUUGUUUUUUCCCCAGAUGUGUUCAAUGCUUCAGUUUUAAUAGGGAGACACCAUCUAUCUUAACAGAAGGUUUUUUGGUUUUUUUAUGACUACAAAUGUUUAGAUCUGAGUUAACUGAUUGCCUUAAAUAAUACAAUCUACAUGGUUUUAUGUAACAGAAAUAUUGGUUUUAGUCCAAUUUUGUUUUUUUUUUAUUUAAUGUUUCUGAACAUGUAUUACUUAUUGCAAUCCAUAGACAUUUAAUUUUCCAUCUGGUCUAAUUUAGUUUAAACUCUUGUAGUAAAAAUCUGAAUUAAAUUCCGAAAGUACAUAGAAGAGAUUUGCUCAUUUGUAAAUGUAAUAAAUUAAAUUGUUUGACAAUUCAGCCACUUUGCUGCUUUUACUGCAUAUAUGAGGAAACUAGUAUCUUUAUGUAUUUACCAAAACUUGAUUUUAGGCAAAUUUUAACAUAUCUUGGUACAUGAUCUGAAAAUUUCCUUAACAGUGCAAACAUCUGUUUUAGAAAAUAUCUUUUCCUACUCUGUUAGCUCAGAUUGUUCAAAAGCACUUUACUAAAUUGCUUGGGUUUUGGGUAGUUUUGAGGUUUUAUUUGUUUAAUGCAGAUGCAUUUCAAGUUCCAUAAACUAGCAUAUUGUAGAUUGAAUGGUGAUGACUUUUUAAGCAUUUGAAAGUAUUUUCCAAAACUGGGUAGUCCUAUUAUACAAUCUGUGCAUAAAAGUGAUUGGAACUUUUGAUAGAAUUUAUAUAUUUUUAACAUAAAAAAGAGAGCAAAAAAAAAAGAGAGAACUUGUGCGUAAUAAAUACCAAAGCAAACCUAAAUCCAAACGCAAGUAUUUUAUUUU